AUGGGCAUCCCAUCGGCAUCGCCGCUUCCCACCGAGGAUCCUACCGCCAUCGUUACUUCCUGCCGAGUCGCUCUCCUUCCGUCGAUGACAAAUAGGAACCGUGCACCGUUCCUUCCGUCCCUCCUCCUCCUCCUCUUAUUUGGUCUCACCGUCGCAGCCUUUGCCGCGGGCGAUGACCAAUUCAUCUUCUCCGGCUUCACACAAUCCAGCCUAGCCCUCGACGGCGGCGCCGUGGUCACACAAGGCGGCCUCCUCGACAUGUCCAACGGCACAAACAAUGUCAAGAGCCAUGCUCUUUACCCCACUCCAUUGCGCUUCCGCAAUUCAUCCACUGGUGGUAAAGUGCAAUCAUUCUCGUCCGCCAUCGUUUUCUGCAUCAUCGGCGCAUUCCCUGGCGUGAGUGCCAAUGGCUUGGCCUUCUUCAUCGCCCCAAGCAGGAAUCUCUCGGACGCGUUGCCGACGCAGUACUUUGGUAUCCUGAAGCAGCAAAACAAUGCCAACCUCUUUGUUAUCGAGGUUGACACCUUCCAGAACCCUGACAUGCAAGACAUCAACGACAACCACAUCGGCAUCGACAUCAACAGUGUUUUCUCCUUGCCAUCUCACGCGGCUGGCUUCUAUGAUGACUCUAGUGGCGCCUUCAAGAACUUGACGCUCAACACCCAGAUAGAACUGCAGUUGUGGGUGGACUACGAGGAGGAGGAAACAAGGAUCAAUGUGACCUUGGCUCCACUUCAUGUGGGAAAACCCUCCAAGCCACUGUUGUCCGCAACCUAUGACCUCUCAACCGUGCUCACGGAGACGGCAUACAUAGGUUUCUCAUCCACGGCUGAAAUUAUGAACACCCGUCAUUAUGUUCUUGGAUGGAGCUUUGGCAUGAACGGGCAAGCAGCCCCGUCCAUUGACAUCUCCAAGCUUCCAAAGGUUCCUCGUCUACGACAAAAGGCCCAGUCCAUGCUCUUGGCGAUCAUCCUCCCAAUAGCCACUGCGGCACUGAUAAUCUCUAUCGGCACCAUUGUCACUCUGAUGGUGCGAAGAAAGAGGAGGUACACGGAGGUGCGUGAGGAUUGGGAGAGCGAGUUCGGUCCACACCGGUUCUCGUACAAGGAUUUGUUCAAGGCUACUCAGGGAUUUAAGAGCAAGAACCUAGUUGGAGCAGGAGGGUUUGGGGAGGUAUACAGAGGGGUGCUUAAACUGUCCAAGAAGGAGAUUGCCGUGAAGAGGAUGUCCCAUGAGUCGAGACAAGGGAUGAAGGAGUUCAUCACCGAGGUUGUUAGCAUUGGCCGGUUGCGACAUCGCAACCUAGUGCAGCUACUUGGUUAUUGCAGGCGGAAAGGUGAACUGAUGUUGGUGUACGAUUACAUGUCAAAUGGCAGCCUUGACAAGUAUAUACAUUGUCAAGAGGACGACAAGCCCACCUUAAAUUGGGCUCAGAGGUUUCAAGUCAUCAAGGGUAUCGCUACCGGCUUGCUCUACCUCCACGAGAAGUGGGAGAAAGUCGUGAUCCACCGGGACAUCAAGGCAAGCAACGUCCUCCUCGACGACGAAAUGAACGGGCGGCUCGGCGACUUCGGCCUCGCACGGUUAUAUGAUCAUGGCACCGAUCCACAGAGCACACACAUGGUGGGCACAAUGGGAUACCUUGCCCCCGAGCUAGUACGCACAGGCAAGGCAUCUCCUCUUACCGAUGUGUACGCCUUCGGCAUGUUUCUUCUCGAAGUUACAUGUGGGCAAAAGCCCAUGAAGCAAGAUGCAGAGGGAAAUCAGGUUUUCCUGGUGGACUGGGUCCUAGAGCACUGGCACAACCGACUGCUUACCAGAACGGUGGACACAAGGCUCCAAGGCGAUUACGGCGUUGACAAAGCAUGCCUCGUGCUGAAGAUAGGACUUUUGUGCCUGCACCCGUUUCCUGGUUCGAGGCCUAGCAUGCGAGAAGUCAUGCAAUACCUCGACGGUGAGACCCCGCUGCCUGAGCUGAAGCCGACGCAGCUGAGCGUGGAAAUGCAGGGGUUGAUGCAGGACAGCGGGUUCAACACUUCUGUCAUGUCUUAUCCCCAGCUGAUGUCAAGCUUCGGCACAGUGUCCGACCUCUCGGGAGGACGAUGA